AGGGGGUACAUAUCUUUGUCUCUUGCAAUAGCUCAGACCCUCUCUAAACCGCCUAACUGACAUCAGCAACAUCAACAACAUGAAAAACAUGGAUAUUUACUGGUCUUUUUAGACCACAGAUAACACAGGAGCUGAUGACUAUGACAACCUCCUGACUUCAUAGUGCAUAAAACUUCCAUUUUGUAAAUAGUAUUAUUACUUAAAAGUUGAGGCAAAUGGAUCUUACAUCUAAACAUGGGCUGGUGCUGCUCGACCAGCUGAGGAAGAUGAGGGAGACGGAGCAUCUGACAGAUGUGGUGCUGGUGGCUGAGGGCAUCAGCUUUCCCUGUCACCGGGUCGUUCUCUCCGCCUUCAGCCCAUACUUUCGUGUAAUGUUUACAUGCGGCCUUCGUGAGUGCAACAACAGGGAAAUAUUCCUGCGUGACACCCCUGCAGACAGCCUCGCCCUCCUCUUGAACUACAUGUAUUGCUCAGAUCUUCCUCUCACUAACGCCAAUGUACAGGGCAUCUCUAUUGCAGCUUUCCUCCUUCAGAUGGACGACGUCUUCACUCGCUGUCAGCUGCAUAUGACCGAGAACAUGGAUGCCUCCAACUGCCUUGGUGUGUAUUACUUUGCCCGUGACCUUGGUGCAGAGGAGCUUGCAGACCAUGCUCAGCGCUUCCUGAGGCAGCACUUUGUCCAAGUCUGCCAAAGUGAAGAGGUCUUGGAGCUGGAGGCCCAUCAGCUGGGGAAGCUCCUGAGUUCUGAUGAUCUUAAUGUUUCACGAGAAGAGACCAUCCUUGAUGUUGUCCUUCGCUGGGUCAAACACAGCGUUCUGAUGGAUGGAGACGUCCGUAUUCUGCACCUUCCAGAGCUCCUGAGGAAGGUUCGUCUGCCACUGAUAAACCCUGACUAUUUAAGAGAGGCGAUGAAGAGGAACACGGCCCUGCUGGCUGAUGCUGAAUGUCUAGAGAUGCUCAAUCAAGCCUUGGAGGCUACAGCGAUGCAUCCCUCAGCUGCGCCACGCAAAUUAAAGCUGCGGUACGGCAUGGAGACCACAGAAAUGCUGCUCUGUGUUGGAAAUGACGGUGGUGGGAUUAGGUCGAGAUAUGGCAACUUUACUGAGCGCAGCUUUUGCUAUGCCCCAUCCACAGGGAGAAUCUACUACAUCACUUCCCCUCGCUAUGCAGAGGCUCUGGGGUAUGUGUGUGCCGGGGUUGUGACUGAACAAAAUGACAUUAUAGUGGCAGGAGAGGCAGGAGCUCGCAGAAUGGCCCGCCAAAAGGACAUAAAUGUUGAAAUUUACAGGUACAAAGUAGAGGCCCAAGGAAGCUGGCAGCGCCUGACGUCUGCGGAGUACCGUGAUUCAUACGCUCUGGGGUCACUGGGUGAUACGCUGUACCUGCUGGGUGGGCAGAUGAAGCUGAAGAACCAGUUUCUCAUCACGAACUGUGUGGAGCGAUGGUCUCUGCAAGGAGGACCCUGGCGCAGUGCAGCACCCCUGCCUAUGCCUUUGGCCUAUCACAGCGUGGUCGGGAUGAAAGAUCGCCUUUAUGUCAUUGGUGGUCGAACGCCACAGUCAUACCGCAUGGAUGAUGAGCCGGACCGUCUUAGUAACCGCCUCCUGGAGUACGAUCCAAACACAAAUAAGUGGACAGAGCUGGGUCCCAUGAAGUACUCAAAGUACCGCUGCAGUGCUGUUGUACUCAAUGGUGAAAUUUUCGUGAUGGGCGGUAUCGGAUGUGAGGGUGUGGACCGUGGGCAAUCACGCCGCUGUCUCAAUGCUGUGGAGAUCUACAACCCAGAUGGAGAUUACUGGAGGGAUGGACCUCCUCUUCCAUGCGCACAACUCUCACUGCGCACCAAUGCCUCUAAUGCAGGGGUGGUGGGAGGCAAGAUCUAUGUGUGUGGAUACUACAAAGGAGCAGAUCGUCAUGAUGAUAUAACUAAGGACAUUUUGGAGCUGGACCCGUGGGAGAACCGGUGGACAGUGGUGGCUCGGCAUGCUCUGAUGCAUGACAACUAUGACGUCUGCUUAGUGGCAAAUCUCAACCCAAGGGGACUCAUGUCCCCACCUGCAGACUUAGUCAAACAGUAACACCCCUGUCAGAUCAGGUCAAAGUCUGUGUGGGAGAAUUAGCAUAGGAAAUUAUUAAUGCACUUACUGCUGGGCCAAAAGCAUUGAUUUUUUCAAGCAGAUUAGGUUUUAGAGGCCUGCAUGAAAGAGGAUCUGCAGAUCAUGAUUUGCACGUCAUUAUUAAAGAUUCUCAGGUUAAUGAGAACAGGAAGAUAAUUUGUAAAUAAAGUAUUUUUGUUGAUUUUUAUCUAGUUGUGUAAGAUCAACAAAACAAACACAUUCUCGUUAUCACAACUGCACAUAAUUAGUUUCAUUAUCAAUGAAUCUACCAAUUUUUAACAUUUUUUGGUUGACUGAUACAUCAUUUAGUCCAUACAAUGUUAAAGAAACAGUCAACAAAUUGCUUUCACAAUAUCUCAGAGGCCCCUGUGAAGUCUUCAGUUUUGUGUUUUGUUUGACUAACAGGCCAAGACCCUUUAAAAUAUUCAAUUCACUGUCAUAUAUGACAAAAAGAAAAUUGUCAUAUUUAACAAGCACAACCACAAAAACACUUGAAAUUAUCAUUUCAUUCUCUUUUAAAUGACUAAUCAAUAACAACCCAGCUGCCAGAAAAAAUAUCAGCACUGUACAUUUCUGCAAACCACGGAUAUGUUAUAUUUGUACAUUAUUUUGUGGCGGACACAUUAAAAGUUUCCAUUUCAACAAUGCUGUAAGUUAACAUGUGAUUGGUUAAGGCACAAAAACCACUUGUUUAUUGUCAGGAAAAAUUUGACUUAAAAUCCCUGGUAUUUGGGGCACAAUUCCAGCUGAAAACACAGCAGUAUCUUUGUAAAAACAACAACCACUUUUCAUGGCACUGUCCCCAGUGGAGAAACAACAGUGUCUUAACUGGUUUUGUCGUUUCCUGGUCUCAAACAGUGGUUUGAAGCUUGGCAGGCAUCUAACCCUAGGUGGCACACCAUUUACCAUCCUCUUUACCCCCUGAAGUCUGCUAAUAUAUACUAAGUCACUUUUGAAAUCUUGAUAUAUGUGUGAAAUAUAAAAAAGAAACAUAUUUGUGGUUUGUAGAAACUUACCAUACCUACAUUUUCUUCAUUCAACUAAUCAUUGCAUCUCUGGUUAUAGCUAUUGACUUUGAUACCAACAUGCUGGUUUGGUGUAUUAUUGCAGGCCAAAUCCCAAAGCUUUAUAAUAGUCAUGUUGAAUCAGCAUUGGCAGACUAUGCACAGUGUGAUUUCAUAUUUUAUGUCGUAUUAAUCAACUUGUUUGUUCUUUAUGUGGUAUGCUUGCUAAAGCAUAAUAAAAUGUUUUUUUCUGCAAAUAAACACGCUCCUUCUA